AUGGAAACUACACCCUUACUGACGAGAUCAAAAAAGACAUCCGUCUGGUCAAGAUUUAAUUUUUUUAGAUUUCGUAAGAAGGAAUUAAGCUCUAGAGUUAUAUAUAUAGGACAAUUACCUGCAGAUGAGUUUCCACCAAAUCAUAUCUGUAAUCAGAAAUAUAGUUUUAUUACAUUCCUGCCAUUAGUAUUGUAUGAACAGUUUCGUUUCUUCUUAAAUUUAUAUUUUCUUGUGAUGGCUGUUAGUCAGUUCAUUCCUAGCAUCCGCAUUGGAUAUUUAUAUACAUACUGGGGUCCGUUGUGUUUUGUGCUUGCAGUAACAUUGUUUAGGGAGGCUGUUGAUGAUUUUAGACGAUACAGAAGAGAUAAAGAAGUAAAUAGACAGUUGUAUGAGCGUAUAGUUUUAGAUACACUUACUGAUGGCUACCGUCCAUUCUAUACAGAACAUGUGCCUGCUUCAGCUCUUAGAGUUGGUGAUAUUGUUAUGCUUCAUAAAGGUCAGAGGGUUCCAGCAGAUAUGAUAUUGCUGAGAACAAAUGAGACAAUGGGUACUGUGUUUAUACGUACAGAUCAGCUAGAUGGAGAGAUUGAUUGGAAAUUGAGAAUUCCUCUACCAUCAACACAAAAACUGCCAACUGAUGCGCACCUUCUGGAUAUAAACGCGCAAAUUUUUAUUGAGAAACCAGAAAAAGACAUUCAUUCUUUCAUUGGCACUUGUACUUGUUUGGAUGAGGAGGAAAGUGAUUCUCUUGACAUUGAAAAUACACUAUGGAGUGGAUGCGUUGUUGCUUCAGGACAAGCUACUGGAUUGGUCAUUUAUACUGGCACCGAAACUCGCAGUGUUAUGAACAAUGCAGUACCUCGAUCGAAAGUGGGCCGUUUGGAUCUACAAGUCAAUAAUCUCACCAAAGUACUCUUUGUGGCAACACUGUUCAUCUCCUUCCUUUUGAUAGUCCUCAAAGGGUUUGAUGGACCUUGGUAUGGCUUCCUCUUCAGAUUUGUUCUGUUGUUUUCUUACAUUAUACCAAUCAGUUUAAGGGUAAACCUCGACAUGGGCAAAGCAUUUUAUUCAUGGACUAUACAACGCGAUAAUCGUAUAGAGGGUACAGUGAUGCGUUCCACUACGAUACCUGAAGAGCUUGGCAGAAUACAAUACUUGCUAGCUGACAAAACUGGCACUUUAACAAAGAAUGAGAUGGUUUUCCAGAAGCUGCAUCUUGGAAACGCUCUGUUCGACAGUAAUAAUUUUCAUGAGGUGGAGGCUUUCCUAACACAAUACGUGACGAACGACGCGCCGUCUCUACCCACAUCUCCAAGCAGUCAGACGGUCGAAGCUCUAGCACCGACUCCUCGCCAAAUAUGGGAUGUUGUGUUGGCUUUAGCGCUCUGCCAUAAUGUGACGCCAGUAUAUGAAUUUGAUCAGCGGGCGGACGAGGCACAGUCGGACAUGGGCAGCUCGGUGAUGUCGGAAAGCUGCAGCGGCGCGGUGCCGCAGCAGCAGCUGUGCGACUACCAGGCCUCCAGCCCCGACGAGGUGGCGCUCGUCAAGUGGACCGACAUGAUGGGUGUAUCACUGUACAAAAGAGAUUUGCACAACAUAUCACUGAAGCUACGCGCGGCUAAUGAGAUUAUGCAAUUUACUAUUCUUCAAGUUUUCCCUUUCUCUAGCGAAAGUAAAAUGAUGGGCAUUAUAGUACAGGAAGAAAACACAGGCGCCAUAACCUAUUACGUAAAAGGCGCUGAUGUAGCUCUGUCUAAACUUUUGGACUCUUCGUGGCUCAGUAGCGAGUGCAGCAGACUAGCAGCCGAUGGGCUCAGGACAUUGGUAGUCGCCAAAAAGACAUUGUCCAAGAAUGAAUAUUUGGAAUUUGAGAGCGAAUACAAGGAGGCGCGGCUGAGCAUGACGGCGCGCAGCGAGCGCACGGCGGCGGCGCUGGCGCGGCUGCGGUGCGGCCUGACACUGCUGGCGCUCACCGGCGUCGAAGACCGCCUCGCCGACCACGUGCCGCGCACGCUCGCCAUGCUGCGCGCCGCCAACAUAAAGAUCUGGAUGCUGACGGGCGACAAGCUGGAGACGGCGCUGUGCAUCGCACGCUCGCUGCAGCUGGGCGGCGGCACGCAGUGGCUGGCCGCCAGCGAGUGCAGCUCGCGGCGCCAGGCACACGCCCUGCUGCAGUCCCUGCAGCGCGCAGACGACUCCACCGACCUCAUCAUUGAGGGGGAAACCCUCGAGGUGUGCCUGCGGUGCUACGAGGAGGAGUUCGUGGCGGUGCUGCGGCGCUGCUCAGGCGUGGUGGUGGCGCGCUGCUCGCCCACGCAGAAGGCGCGAGUGGCGCAGCUGCUGCGCGCGCGCGGACACGUCGUCGCCGCGGUCGGCGACGGCGGGAACGACGUCGCCAUGAUACAGGAGGCCGACAUAGGCGUGGGCAUUGAGGGUGCCGAGGGACGCGCGGCAUCGCUGGCGGGCGACGUGAGCGUGCGCACGUUCAGCUCGCUGGCGCGCCUGCUGCUGGUGCACGGGCGCCGCGCUGCCAUGCGCUCCGCCGCGCUUUGCCUUUUCAUCGUGCACCGCGGCCUCGUCGUCUCCACCAUGCAGGUGCCUCGCUCCUCUCCCUCCACACGUGCGCGCGUUCAGCUCGCUGGCGCACCUGCUGCUGGUGCACGGGCGCCGCGCCGCCAUGCCCUCCGCCGCGCUCUGCUUCUUCAUCAUGCACCGCGACCUCGUCGUCUCCACCAUGCAGCUCGCUGGCGCGCCUGCUGCUGGUGCACGGUCGCCGCGCCGCCAUGCGCUCCGCCGUGCUCUGCCUCUUCAUCGUGCACCGCGGCCUCGCCGUCUCCACCAUGCUGCCUCGCUCCCCUCCCUCCACACGUGCGCGCGUUCAGCUCGCUGGCGCGCCUGCUGCUGGAGCACGGGCGCCGCGCCGCAAUGCGCUCCGCCUCUUCGUUGUGCACCGCGGCCUCGUCUCCACCAUGCAGGUGCCUCGCUCCCCUUCCUCCACACGUGCGCGCGUUCAGCUCGCUGGCGCGCCUGCUGCUGGUGCCCGGGCGCCGCGCCGCCAUGCGCUCCGCCGCCCUCUGCCUCUUCAUCGUGCACCGCGGCCUCGUCGUCUCCACCAUGCAGGUGCCUCGCUCCCCUCCCUCUUCACACGUGCGCGCGUUCAGCUCGCUGGCGCGCCUGCUGCUGGUGCACGGGCGCCGCGCCGCAAUGCGCUCCGUCGCGCUCCGCCUCUUUAUUGUGCACCGCGGCCUCGUCUCCACCAUGCAGGUGCCUCGCUCCCCUCCCUCUCCACACGUGCGCGCGUUCAGCUCGCUGGCGCGCCUGCAGCUGGCGGUGUUCUCGGUGGUGUUCUACUUCUCGUCAGUAUCUCUCUACCCCGGAUUUCUUAUGGUCGGAUACGGAACUGUUUUCACUAUGCUACCAGUUUUCUCUUUAGUUCUUGACAAGGACAUCCCGAGCUCGACGGCACUAAGGUACCCUCAACUGUAUAGACAGUUAACAAAUGGAAGACAACUCUCAUAUAAAACUUUUUAUAUAUGGAUUGGUAUAUCUAUCUAUCAAGGCGGCGUCAUCAUGUACGGCGCUAUUGUACUAUUUGAAGACCAGCUGAUCCACAUAGUGGAGAUCAGCUACACGGCGCUGAUCCUUACCGAGCUGAUCAUGGUAGCGCUGACCGUGGUCACGUGGCACCGCCUCAUGAUCCUGGCCGAGCUGGUCAGCCUGGCCAUGUACACGGCAACGCUUUUUAUAUUCACAACGUACUUUGAUGCGGACUUCAUCCGCCAUUGGGACUUCUGGUGGAAGGUGACAACAAUAACCCUGGUGUCAUGUAUGCCGCUGUACAUCGUGAAACAUAUGCAUAGAAAGUGGAGAGACCGUCAGUACAAGAACAUUCGAAAAUAA